UCUCUCUCUCUCUCUCUCUCCCCGCGUUCCUCCCUCCUCCUCCCAUUUCCCUCACCGUGCACCAUGUCCACCCCUGCCAAGAAGCCCGUUGGCUCCAAGUGGGGCUCCGGACGCAGCCGGCCUGGUGACACGGUUGCCGCCAACAAAACCCGCUCCGAGCCCGAUGCCGAUGAGGCCACUCAUGCGUCGGCCGCGACCUUCAAGUACCUGCAGCAGAUCGCAACCACCCUGGAUGACAUGUCUGGCGACAUGGAUCUCGCUCAAACCAGCUCCCUUGUGGACAAUGUCCUCGAGGAGGUUGGUCCGAAGGUUGCUUGCUAUUUGGACUCCGAGUCGAGUCGCACUCUUGAGCGCAUCAUCCAGCUGACCAGUGAUGAUCAGCUCACCGCCCUCACCCGGUACAUGGUGGAUCUCUUCCCCAAGAUCUCCGACCACCACAAUGGUUCCCAUGUCGUCCAGAAGGUCAUUACCCUGGCCCAUGCGACGGCCCAGCGUCAGCUGGCUCAGGGAGACGAGUCCGGCAUCAUCAGCCACAUUUCCGACAUGGCCAAGGUCCUUGAGGGCACCCUCCUAAAUGCCAUGUUCGACAAGUAUGCGUCGCACGUCAUCCGCGCCCUGCUGGCCCUGCUGUCCGGCGCGGACCCGGCCGUCCAGCAGCAGCAGGCUCGCCAGAAGAAGGGCCUUUCGGCGGUGCAGCCUGGCCCGGCGCACCGCGGCGCCUCGGCCGAGGCCGGUGCCCCCGUCCCGGAGGCCUUCGCCACUCGGUUCUACGCCAUCGUCGAGAGUUUCCUCUCGACGCUGGCCGAUUCCCCGCCCGAGGCCAUCGAACAAGUUUGCUGUGACACAUACGCCGCGGCUGUCUUCCAGGAGUUGCUCCAAGCGGCUCAGCGCUUGGAUCGUCUGGCCGGGCCCACCUCCGAGGCCAGCCUCGUCGAGCGCCUCCUGACCCCGCUUCUGGGUUCGGGGUUCUCCAACAUCUCGGUAGUAGGUGGCAUGCUGUCCGGCCGCGUGUCCAGCCAUGUGGUCGAGUGCAUUCUCACCGUCCUGCCCGAGUCUCAGUAUGUCCCGCUCUACACGGCGGUCUUCCGUGGCCACCUGGCGGACAUGAUCCGCGACCAGUCGGCCAACUUCGUCGUGUCGCACCUGAUUUCCGUCAUCCCGACCCUCCCGACUCUGGAGCUCAUUCUCAUUGAGGUGACUCCCUUCGCCGAGGAGCUUCUUCCUCACCGGAGUGGCAUCCUUGUGGCCCUGUCGAAUUCGUGUGUCCGCCUGAAUGGCCUCUUCAAGGAGUUCAAUGCCUGCCUUGCCAAGGCUCUCAACCUCCGGAGUAUGACCGACCGUAAGGAGACUAUCCGUCGACUGGUGGCAUUGCCCAGCUCCCGCUCCAAGGAGGGCAUCUCCGUCCCCGGGUGCCUGAUUCUGCAAAAUCUCUUCCUCUUUGCCGAGAAUCAGGUCCGCUAUCUGUCGGAUGCCAUUGUCAACUACGAGAGCAGUGAGCUACUUGAUUGGUGCCGCCAUCCCUCCGGCAGCCGUGUCAUGGAGGCCUUCUUCAAUGGCACCUCGCCGGAUGCCGCCAAGAAGCGCAUGACCCGCAAGCUUAAGGGCCAUUUUGCCAGCCUGGCUGAGAAUCGCUUUGCCUCUCAUGUUGUCGACAAGAUCUGGCGCAUUUCGGACAUCCCCACUCGCGAGUCCAUUGCCUCGGAGCUGGCCGCCCGUCGGGAGGACCUGGCCAAUACCCCCUCCGGGCGGCUGGUCCUGCGGAACUGCCGCAUCGACGAGUACCUCAAGGGGAAGGAUCAGUGGGUGGCUCAGGCUGAGUCGGUCGAGCGGAAGAAGGCCCUAUUCUCGGACCUGCUGGCCGAGCCAGCCCCCACCAGCAAGUCGAGUGAUCCGCUUCUGGAGCAACUUCGCCAGGAGGAUGACAGCCUCAUGACGGAGCUCGGUUUUUCGGAUGCCGGGAAGCUCGCGGCCGAUGGCCCUUCGGCCAAGUCCUCUGACAAGAAGAAGAGCAAGAAGAAGAGCCGCACCUCGGCCUCGGACUCCCAUGAUCUUCUUCUUGAUGCCGAAGAGGCCCCCGGCCAGGAGGACAGUGCCUCCAAGGAUAUUGACGCCCUCUUCCAAGAGGCCGUCCCGAAGGGCGCUCUUCGGGACACCGGGUCUCAGGUGUCCACCGAGUAUGUGGCGCCGACGGGCCAGUUCCAAACCGGCGCCGCCAACAGCCAGGCCAUGACCGAUGUCCUGGCGGCCAUCGAGCAGACCACCGGGAAGCGGCGAAAGCGCACCUCCUCCGAGGAGACCACCGACGCCGCUCCUUCCACGGAGAAGAAGAAGAAGCAGCGCAAGUUCAUGAUGAACUAGUUGCGCCGUGUCUUCCCUUCCCGGCCUCGGGUCUCCCUGUCGCCUCCCUUUCCAAGCAGUUUCUCUUCGCAUCUUGGGAUGCCACCCCUUUCCCUCCUUACCCCUGUAGAAUGAACACCUUUCCCUCUGGAAUGGGCUGCCUUUGGGGCUGCUCCUCUCUUGCGGCGAAG